AUGGAGAUUUCUGAUGAAACUCUCCAGUCAGUCCCAUUACAUUUAAGGCAGACAGAAAGAAGCUAUGCAGGAGCAUUGAAGAUCAGUCUAACUACAGUUCACAAUUUGAAGAAAAGAGGCAGGCUAAGAACACACACAUGCUGCAACAAACCAUUGCUCACAUCAGACCACAAGGUUGCCAGACUAAGAUGGAUUUUGUCACAUAUAAAUCCAAUUACAGGGAAUGAGGACCCCACAUUUGUUGACAUGAGGAAUGUCAUACACUGUGAUGAAAAGUGGUUCUACUUGAACCCUGACAAAAGGAGGUUCUACCUACUGCCAUGUGAGGAGGAUCCCUAUAUGGCAGUUCAGUCAAGAAGAUUCAAACUAAAGGCAAUGUUCAUGGCAAUCAUAGGGAAGCCAUUAUAUGGCAUAAAUGGGGAACUUUUACAUGAUGGAAAGUAUGGCAUCUUUCCAUUCACUGUCCAGCAAGUAGCACAGAAAGCAAGCAAGAAAAGACCAAGAGGGACCAUGGAAACCAAGGCACUCCAGAACAUAAACAGAGAAGUAAUCAGAGAGAUGCUGCUAACAAAGGUUAUUCCAGCAAUCAUAUCAAAGUGGCCUGAAGGUCUGCCCAAGGAUGUGGUCAUCCAAUGGGACAAUGCAAGGCCACACCAAGUUCCUACAGAUGAUGAGUUUGUGGCAGCAACAACAGCUAAUGGCUUUAACAUUCAAUUUGUUUUCCAGCCAGCACAGUCUCCUGAUUUGAAUGUCCUUGACUUAGGGCUAUUUAGGUCUAUACAAUCAUUGCAAUAUCAGUCUUUUCCUAGGGACUUAGAGGAGCUAAUUCAAAAGGUCAAACAGUCUUAUGACACUUUCAACCCUCAUGUAAACAAGUACAUCUGGGUUACAUUGCAAAAGUGUAUGAUUAAGAUACUCAAGGCAGAAGGUGGUAACAAGUACAAAAUACCACAUAUGAACAAAAAAAAGCUGGAAAACCUAGGUAGUCUUCCAGAUUUGGUAGAGGUUCAGAAAGAGGAUGUAUUGGAGGCUGUGGAGUACCUAAACACCAUGUUUAGGCCAGCAAAUCAAGGCACUCAAGAAGACACAGAAGAUUUGGAGGUGGAUGCAGAUUAG